AUUGAUCAAUUUAUAAAGGGACAAUAAAAGUGACUUUGGAAACAAAUAAAGAGACUUCAAAUUAUUUAAUAUGGCUGGAGUUGAAGAAAGAGUUAGUGUCGAUCCUUCCACAUUGAACCCUCUUUCACCUGAAGUUAUAUCGAGGCAAGCUACUAUCAAUAUUGGAACAAUUGGUCAUGUAGCGCACGGUAAAUCGACAGUAGUGAAGGCAAUUUCCGGUGUUCAGACCGUUCGUUUCAAAAAUGAGCUUGAACGUAACAUUACUAUUAAAUUGGGUUAUGCCAAUGCCAAGAUUUAUAAAUGCGAAAGGGAAGAUUGUCCUCGUCCAGGUUGUUAUAAAUCUUAUCGUAGUGAUAAGGAAGAGAAUCCUGCUUGUGAAAGACCUGGAUGUACUGGAAAAAUGAAGUUAUUAAGGCAUGUUUCAUUCGUGGAUUGUCCUGGUCACGACAUUCUUAUGGCUACUAUGUUGAACGGUGCAGCUGUUAUGGACGCUGCACUUUUACUUAUUGCUGGCAACGAAUCUUGUCCACAACCUCAAACUAGUGAGCACUUGGCUGCUAUUGAGAUCAUGAAAUUGAAACAUAUUAUAAUUUUACAAAACAAAGUCGAUCUGUGCAAAGAGAGUGCUUGUGAAGAACAUUAUAGAAGUAUUUUGGACUUUGUUAAAGGUACUGUUGCUGAUGGUGCCCCCAUUGUUCCUAUAUCAGCACAGUUGAAAUAUAACGUUGAUGCUAUCAACGAAUAUAUUGUUAAAAAGAUUCCUAUUCCAGUUCGUGACUUCACGUCAGAUCCUCGAUUGAUCGUAAUUCGAUCUUUCGAUGUUAACAAGCCUGGAGCCGAAGUUGAUGAACUUAAAGGUGGUGUGGCUGGUGGUUCGAUUUUACGUGGAGUGUUAAAGGUUGGAGAUGAAAUAGAAGUACGACCUGGAAUUCUUACAAAAGAUAAUGAAGGUCAAAUUCAUUGCCGUCCAAUAUUUUCGCGUAUAGUAACACUAUUCGCAGAACAUAAUGAUUUGAAAUUUGCUGUUCCCGGAGGCUUAAUCGGUGUUGGAACCAAAAUUGACCCUACUCUUUGUCGUGCGGAUCGUCUUGUUGGUCAAGUUCUUGGUGCUGUUGGUAAAUUGCCCAAAAUUUAUACAGAACUAGAAAUUAAUUACUUUUUGCUUAGAAGAUUGUUGGGUGUUAAAACGGACGAUAAAAAACAGACUAAGGUUUCAAAAUUGGCAAAGAAUGAGGUUCUUAUGGUAAAUAUAGGUUCAACUUCUACGGGUGGACGUGUCAUGAAUGUUAAAGCAGAUUUGGCUAAAAUUAUCUUGACAAGUCCUGCUUGUACUGAAAUUGAUGAGAAGAUUGCCCUAUCCAGAAGAAUUGACAAGCAUUGGAGAUUAAUUGGAUGGGGUAAAAUUAAACGCGGUGUUGAUAUUGAGCCUGAUGAAAGAAAAUGAUAAGAUGUUUACGACAUAUUUUGAUAAAGUUUUUCAUUUAGAUCUUGUAGUUUAUUGUGGUUUUUAUUUAAUAAUAAUAGAGGGUAAAAGUUUUGCUUUAUUAACAAAAGUUGCAUUAUUUAUUAUUGUAUUAUUAUAUAUUUAUCGAUUUAUAACAUCGAAAUUAAUGAAAUUAAUAUCAAAAAUUGAAAACUACCGAUUAAAAUCCUUUACUGCG